UUGAAGGUUUUUUUCAAGCGUUUGUUCAAGAUUUGAAGGGCAAUCGACCCGCAAGGAAUCUCAUAGUGGAUGGAACAUGGCGAGACCACACUCGCAAUACGCAUUUGACGACUAUGACAUACAAGACAACCUCGACGAAUAUAUGGAAGGUUAUGACCAUGACACAUAUGGCGAGACACCCGUCAGUGCCUCCCGCCGUAUAAGUCCGACUACCAGAAUGGCCUUGGGUCCUUUGCAACUAAAUCCUCAUGAAGACGGAACACCAAGCUACAAUGCGGCAACUCAGUCCUUGUUGGACCAAGCCGACGGCGCCAUGGCGUCGUUGAUGCACCUCUCCCGUGAUACCGACAACUGGAAACCUGUUCUAACACAUAAGAAUGGUGGGGCGGUAGUGUAUCGUACAGCAAAGCACGCAAGAGGGCAGAUCCCUGUUUUCAAAGGUGUUGCUAUACUGCACGGCUUUGCCCCAGAAGCCAUUUUUGCCUUGGUGAGAAACAGGCAGUUGUGGGAUGACUGGUAUUUGGAGGGACACAUUGUCGAGCACAUCAAUGAAAGCACCUCUCUCAGCUACAUGGUAAUGAAGCCCCAAAACGCCUUAUCACAGGCAGUAGCAAGUCAAAGAGACUUGGCUCUUAUUGAUCGAAAGGACUUUGAUCCGGCCACCGGGGCCAUUGCUUACGCUAGUACAUCGGUGGAAACAACCAAAGUGCCAAAACAUCCUGGCCGUGUUCGUGCUUUACUGAAACUGAAUGGAUGGCUUUUGGAACCUCAUAUUGCAUCAGAUGGAGUAACCAUCAGCACCAAAGUCAGCUACUACAUCCAAACUGAUGUUGGAGGGCUGUUGCCCAACUCGGUAGUUAAGCGCUACCUUGCCCGUCGUGCGCUGGUCGUCGUGGGUGUGGAACAGUACCUUCGAAAGAAUGGCCCUCCCCCUGUUCCAGAAUCAGAGGUUGUAGCGGUCAGAAGAGCGCGCACAAUGAGCAUUCUCAGUACUUCGUCAGAUGGAGAGAAUACACCGUACCAGUUUCCCCCACCUCCUGAACGUUCCUCUUCUUUCCACGGGUCGCGACUUAUGCGCGGAGGCGCAGGGCCUGAGCAACCACCUUCUCGAAUGUCAUACCAGGGACAUAACAUGACGGAAGGAAGAAAGAUGCCUUCACACGUGGCUCCUAGCUAUGACCGCCAGUCCCGUCAGCAUGGGAAUCCUCCUCCACCCCGCUCUGUUGUCAACACCGUAGAGGAAUCUGUGCAAGAUGAUGACGAUGAUGAGGUCAUUGUGUAUGAUGAACAUGAAGUCCCAGAGGAAACAGAUGAUUACGACGAGGUAGAUGACGUGGAACUCGAGGAGGAGGACGAACAAGAAGGAGCCGAGGCGACAUCGCCCGCACCUGUAGAGAUUGAUGAUGGUGGUCCGUCAACUAAUCCUCAUAACGAAGCUGCCCUGCUAUCUCUGCGUCUUCUACAAAGCCUUGAACCAGAAGACGCUGGGUGGGAGUUUCAUUCACAAACAAGUGGAGUGCGUAUCUCUCAAAGAGCAGUCGCUGGAGCUCAAAUGCCUAUGGUGCGUGGAGAUGCGAUUAUUCAAGGCCCCUGGACCGCACAGGAGAUCUUGAGUGUCGUCAAAAGCGCGACUGCCAGACGCUCAUGGGACGCACGUUUUGAAGACGGACGCGCACUGGUUAACUACAACUUGGAUGAGGCAUUAACCUAUAGUCAGCAGAAGGGAACGUUCCCUGUCUCUGGUCGGGACUUUGUUACCACUAAUAUGACACACUUUGAUCCCAAAACGGGUGCCGUUUAUUACACUGCUACCAGUGUAGUUGACCAGUCCGCCCCAAGCGAUCCCAAGCGGGUUCGUGCCCAUCUCACAGUUGCUGGGUGGAUCCUUAAACCCGUAAAUGGGGGGAUCUCUGUGAGCUACAUUGUACAAGUGGAUGUUAAAGGAUCUAUUCCUAGCUCGAUUAUCAAAGUAAUCCAGACUCAAACACCUCUCUGCAUUGCAGAAGUGUUCAAAUACAUUGAACACAAGGGGUUCAUCCCUUUUAUUAUCCGCAGAGUUCCCGGAGUGGACCCUGGCCGCGGACUGGGACUCCGCAGUGAAAGUUUUGAAGCGAAAGGCAGUGUUUAUGGCUUGGAAUACAGGACGACAGAGGCUCAUGGGAAAAUCUUGGCUGUUGCCUUACCUAGGUCAGCUUAUUCUGAUGGUGCUGAUGUGCAGGUCACACCUACCGAUGGCAGCGUUAAAGUAUAUAGGGUGCCCGACGAUGCGAUGGGAAGAUUAAAGGAUGCGGCGAGCGCAGACAAUUCGAUUGUCCUCAAUGUUAUCGUUGAGAAGGAGGCGGACCUGGACGUGAAAUUCCGGGUUUCGCCUAGCAAUCGCGGUUACAUGUGUAACGGUAAAAUAAUUGAGACCGCCCCGGCGAAACCUGUCAUUGCUGCACAUCCGAAACCCGUAGCCGAGCCUGUACCAGUUAGGGAAGCCGAUACUACCCGGCCUCCUGCUGCGAAAGCCACCUCUGAAGUAAACACGAAGUCCGUUCCCCCCACGAAGACAGAAGGGUCACCGAGCUCAAGCUCAAAUACGCCACCGCCCGCAGCUCGACCUACAUACAUUCCGCACCGGCAUACUGAAUCCGGCGUCAAAGCGUUGAAGUACUUGAAGCAACUCAUGCAAGAUGAAGACGCAUGGAAGCUCCACUCAGAACAACAGGGCGUAAAGAUUUCCACCAUCGAAGACGGAUCACCGAUGCCUGUUGUUCGUGGUGAUUCCGUGUUCCCACCAGAGUUCACAGUGGAUGAAAUUGUCAAUGUACUCAGAUCAUCUGGGGCGCGCAAGAUUUGGGAUGCUCGGUUUGAAGAUGGUGAUACAGUGGAAUGGUUGAACCCGAACGAGCAGGUAUUCCGGUCACUCCAAAAGGGACAGUUCCCCGUUAGUGGCCGGGAUAUUUGCGGUCUGCAGGUUACCGUUUUCGACGCCAGAUCAUCCACCACCUACAUUGUUGCGACAAGUGUGAAUGACCCACUUGUUCCGGUUGACCCCAAGCGCGUCCGCGCUGAUUUGAAGGUCGCUGGAUGGAUUUUACAGCCAGUACCGAACGGAGGCGGUGUUAGUAUCACUUACAUUGUGAACAUCGAUCCGAAAGGGUCAAUUCCAAGCGCCAUUGUAAAGGCUGUUUCAGCACAGACUCCGUUAUGCGUUGCAGAAGUCCUCAAGUACCUGCGUACGUACGGAUCUCCUGUUGCCGGCAAAGUGUUGGGUAACACUGGCGAGGGUAUCAAAAUUGUAGUCACCAAAGAUAAAUUCGACCACAAAACAUCGACAUUGGAGUUUGAGUACACAGCAAAUGCAACUCAAGACGGCGAUGGAACUCCCGGAACUGGACUUGCUGGGCUCGUCGAAUUCCAGAUUGACCCGAAAAUGUAUCCUUCAGGUGUUGAUCUGGAAAUUCCGGCCAAAACAGUGCAAGAUUACUUGAUAGUAAAAUCGAGUCCAGACGGUCGAUUCUUGAGAUUGUACAUGCGCUUUGACGCUGUAAAGGAGAAUGGCUCUGGCAAGAUUCAAGUGAAAGUUAUCAAGAAGAAGAAGGGAACCGGCAGCAAGGACUUUUCAGUCAAUGGGGUGCCUGGCAGUGUCGUGAACGACAAAUCUAAUAAGGUCAUGAUCCCGGUCAGAAAGGCUACAACUGCACCUGGGGCAAGUAAGCCCGCCACGGCGACUGCUGCCACGCGUCCGCCUCGUCAGGCCCCAGCUGGCGUACCCUCUGAGCCACUCCCCACAUCCGAAGCAGUGCCCAAGGUUCCCGUUAAGCGGAGGCCGCCUCCUGCGACCGAGACUGCAGUGCAAGCGCAGCCAAGUACGGUUCCAGCGCCAUCAAUGUCAACAAGAAGUUUGACCCGGACAAAUGAGAACCGUCUCUUCACAUAUCUGCUUGCACUCCUUUCCAUGGCACUCCGUCUACUUCGUCCCUUCCUCGCACCCAACGGACCGGAGCUUCCUGAUAGCGUUGAUCCCCUCGACAUCCGUGCACUGGUCGCGGACGCUGAACGUCUCCGCCUCGUUGGAGUGUCAGCUGUGUCCUUGUUGUUCUUCGGACUGGUUUUGAGGUGGUUCCUAGGUGCUGUAUUCGGUGUCGUUGGUGGUGUGUUUAGCAUGUUUAGCUUGGGACAAUGGGUCUUAUUGACUGCUCUGGGAGUUGGCGCAUUUUGGAUGGGUAAAGGACGACGUUGAGAUGACAAUCAAAUAGAACUAAUGUAGGGUUAGGUUUACUUCAUAGACACAUCUCAUAGGUAUAUAAUUCUUCGUUUAGAGAUAGUUGUCAUGUUUCAUACAUAAGAUAAUAAGGGUUCUUGGGAUGGCCGAUCCUUAUUUCC